GGUACCGUCAGGAAACACGGCUUUUAGUUCGGAAGCGUGGAUCCCGCGCACCUUCCGUGUCGGAUAUGUGGUAGGAAAACAUAUAUGAUUCAAGUUCGUGGCACUCGCAUCGAAAAGAAACAGCGGUAUGCCGAGCUGGCAUUUUACGGUGUUGCAAAUUAGCCCCGCGUAGCAAAGUUCGACCUUGUGUUAACGCCAUCGCCAGCGCUCGCCGUCUGCGCUUGGCGCACAAAGCAGCACGAGGUGGGGGUUGGAUUCACGCUAGUGCGGACAGUGUUAUUGUGAUUUUAUGGUUCGUGUGGAAUUCAGUAGUUCUAGCGGUCGCACAAUGAGGAUAGGGGUGUCAGAGAAGAUGCACAAGGCAUUGCAGAGGCUGCACUUGCAUGGCGUCGCCGGCGGGAAUUCGCUCUACCAGAACAUGCUCAGCGAUGCGGAGGUCGAUAGCAGAGGUCGGGUGCCCGAAGACGUGCCGGCUGGGUUUUUGGUUGUGUAUGUGGGCGAUGAGCGGCGCCGGUUUGUGAUCAGAGCCAAGACCUUGAACCACGCUACGUUCCGCGUGCUGCUGGAGAAGUCGGCCGCGGAGUUUGGUUACAAGCAUGACGGAGGGCUGAUUAUUGCUUGUGACGUGGCCUUCUUCGAGCACCUGCUGUGGCUCAUUGAGACAAACAAUCCUUCUCUUUUCAGGGAGGAAUUGCGGCAUUACUGGGCUUUUUCGCCUGAUUACACCACUUGUCACAUAGUGGAUUGAUUGGAUCAGAGGUUAGGGAAUGCCGCGGAGUUGGAAGCUUGGUCAUCAUCUGCACCUUGGGCUGGUCAGAACGACGAGUGUAGUGCAAAGUGGGUGGCUGUUAGGCCGAGAUCAAUUACGUAUGCUGGAGUGGAGGAUUUGACAAAACAGUCGAUUAUGGUGUUUUUUUUUGUCUAACGCUGAUACGCAGCUAGGAUUCUUUUUGUUCCGUUAUUGGGGCAGGAUGUUUUUGUGCAUAACAUUUUUUUUUUUUUGGAAGGAUUGGCCAAUCAACCUUCUGGUCUCAGCAUGCCAUUAACUUCCUUGUAGCAUUCUGUCAUUGUUACCAUUCUGUUAGAGUAGCCGACACUGGCACGGUGAGCAUGUCGGGAGCUUGUCCAUUACUUAUUAUUAAUCAUUUAGACCAUGUUUAGUCCUUUCUGCUUAUCUCCUAGUUUGUGGGAUUUGCAGUUUGGGACAGUGUAACGUGGGUUAGCACUCUCGGCUUACAGAAUUUUGAAAAAACCGCAACAUGUAAAUGUAGGACUCGGGUUUAGCCUAUAACCCGCAGCUAUGAUAUUUCCCAUGCGGUCUGAAAGGAGCUGGUAUCUCGGUCGGUGUUGCUCGUCCGUCCAAAGAGAAUGAGAUGUUUCGCGCUGUGGCCGGAGCUCGCAAUGACUAGUCAGAGGAUUUGUCUACAAUUGUGCACGAUUUAUGAACACGGGCUGUAUUAUUUGAAAAGAUUUUCAUUUUUCAGAAGUUA